CCAGAAGAGCUCCUUCCCCCCACUCCAAAGCCUGAGGCCUGAGGUCAGAGUACUCUAUACUCUAGACGGCUCAGUGGGGCUGCCCGGGAGGGGCGGGGUCCCGUGAAGAGGGCGGGAAGAGGGAAGGACCAGUCGAAGGACCAACCCCUGUCGGGCCCUGUACCCGGAAGCGGUGGGGGGAAAGGAGCGGAGUUGAGACCAGGCAGGUGAGGCUGUCUUUAGGGCUGGCGCCCUGGUGUGAAGCUGAGGCCGCCUGAGGUGUGACCCUGGGGAAGAACACCACGAAAGAGGAUGGUGGUGCCUUCACUGAAGCUUCAAGAUCUAAUCGAGGAGAUACGUGGGGCCAAGACCCAGGCACAGGAGCGGGAGGUGAUCCAAAAGGAGUGCGCCCACAUCCGCGCCUCCUUCCGCGAUGGGGACCCUCUGCACAGGCACCGCCAGCUGGCCAAACUGCUCUACGUCCACAUGUUGGGCUACCCCGCCCACUUUGGACAGAUGGAGUGCCUGAAACUGAUUGCCUCCCCCAGAUUCACAGACAAGAGGGUGGGCUACCUGGGGGCCAUGCUUCUACUGGAUGAGAGGCAGGAUGCCCACCUGCUCAUUACCAACAGCAUCAAGAAUGACCUGAGCCAGGGGAUUCAGGCAGUACAAGGCCUGGCCCUGUGCACUCUGAGCACUAUGGGCUCUGCUGAAAUGUGCCGGGACCUGGCCACUGAGGUGGAGAAACUGCUCCUGCAGCCUAGCUCCUAUGUGCGCAAGAAGGCUGUUCUGACUGCAGUGCACAUGAUCCGGAAGGUCCCUGAGCUCUCCAACAUCUUCCUCCCACCCUGUGCCCAACUGCUUCAUGAACGCCACCAUGGCAUCCUGCUGGGCACCAUCACGCUGAUCACGGAGCUCUGUGAACGAAGCCCUGCAGCCCUCAAGCAUUUUCGAAAGGUGGUGCCCCAGCUGGUGAAGAUCCUCCGGACUCUGGUGACAACGGGAUAUUCCACAGAACACAGUAUAUCUGGAGUCAGCGACCCCUUCCUGCAGGUCCGGAUACUUCGUCUCCUUCGGAUUCUGGGCCGGAACCACGAAGAGAGCAGUGAGACCAUGAAUGACUUGCUGGCUCAGGUGGCCACUAACACAGAUACCAGCCGAAAUGCGGGCAGUGCAGUCCUGUUUGAGACAGUGCUGACCAUCAUGGACAUCCGCUCUGCACCUGGCCUUCGGGUUCUAGCUGUCAACAUUCUUGGCCGCUUCCUGCUCAACAAUGACAAGAACAUUAGGUAUGUAGCCCUGACGUCAUUGCUGCGUAUGGUGCAGUCUGAUCACAGCGCUGUGCAGCGGCACCGGCCCACUGUGGUCGAAUGUCUGUGGGAACCUGAUGCCUCCCUCAGCAGGCGGGCCCUGGAACUGAGCCUGGCUCUGGUGAAUAGCUCCAAUGUGCGAGCUAUGACACAAGAGCUGCAGAGCUUUCUGGAAUCCUGCCCCCCAGAUCUACGGGCCGACUGUGCCUCAGGCAUCCUGCUGGCAGCAGAGAGGUUUGCCCCAACCAAGCGGUGGCACAUAGAUACCAUCCUGCGCGUGCUGACAACGGCAGGCAUCUAUGUACGGGAUGAUGCAGUGGCCAACCUGACCCAGCUGAUUGGGGGGGCCCAGGAGCUACAUGCCUAUUCUGUGCGCCGCCUGUACAGCGCCCUGGCAGAGGACAUCUCCCAACAACCACUGGUGCAAGUGGCAGCCUGGUGCAUUGGAGAAUACGGGGACCUCCUGCUGGAAGGGAGCUGUGAGGAAACAGAGCCCCUUCAGGUGGAGGAAGAGGAGGUGUUGGCACUGCUGGAAAAGGUGCUGCAGUCCCACAUGUCCCAGCCAGCCACCCGAGGAUAUGCCCUGACAGCCCUCAUGAAGCUCAGCACCCGGCUCCGUGGAGACAGCAACCGCAUCCGCCAGGUGGUGUCCAUCUACGGGAGCUGCCUGGACGUGGAGCUGCAGCAGCGGGCUGUGGAGUACAACACGCUCUUCCAGAAGUAUGACCACAUGAGGGCCGCCAUCCUGGAAAAGAUGCCUCUUGUGGAGAGAGGUGGGUCUCAGGUUGAUGGGGAAGCAAAGGAAAGCAAAGAAGCCCAGCUUUCGGAAACAGCCCUUGUGUCCACAGAGCCCCAGGCCUCCAAGCUCUUGGAUCUGUUAGAUCUCCUGGAUGGCACUUCUGGGGAUGCCCAGCCCCCACCCCCUCUGGAUCCCUCCCCAGGAGGCGCUUUAGUACACCUCCUCGACCUUCCCGGUGCACCUCCACCCCCACCUUCCAUCCCAAAUCUCAGAGUGUUUGAACGGGAAGGACUACAGCUGAAUCUGUCUUUUGUUCGACCCUCUGGAACUCCUGCUUUGCUCUUAAUCAUGGUCACUGCUACCAACACCUCAGGAGCUGAUGUCACCCACUUCAUCUGCCAGGCUGCUGUGCCCAAGAGUUUCCAGCUGCAGCUACAGGCCCCCAGUGGGGACACACUUCCAGCUCAGGGUGGCCUUCCAGUGACCCAGCUCCUCAGAAUCCUCAAUCCUAACAAGGCCCCCUUGAGGCUAAAGCUGCGCCUCACCUACAACCACUUUGGCCAGUCGGUGCAGGAGAUCUUUGAGGUGAACAACUUGCCUGUGGAGACAUGGCAGUAACUCAGCCUCCACUCACGGUCUGAAAUCCUCCUGUGUCCUGAACCCCCCCAGGGUCCCAGCCACUUGGAGCCUGGUGAUUGGCUACCAGCAGGUGGUGCUCUGGGCCUGUGCUUGCCUCUGCAAAAACUGUGGGGGCCUGCCUUCCCAAUAAUGAAAGCCCAAUAAAGCCUGAGGGGCAAAAGCCA